AUGCCUUUGAAUACGCCAAGAAAUCGAAAAUCAGACGGGCCGGGCACGUCACGCGAUAAAGUGAUGACCGUUGGACCAGGGCGGUUACGGACUGGAGUCAAGCGAACACCAGGACGGCCACCAACGAGAUGGUCAGACUUCUUCACGAAAGCUCUGAUUGGAAGGAAUGUACGAUUGACUAGACUACUCUGGCUCGGGACAGGGAGAGACGCUAUUGGCGCCCGCUCGAGGAAAUCGAAGAUCAACGAGAGUAAAGGUGACACGGGUGAAGUCUUCGAACGGAAUUUCCUAACUACUGUUCAUGUGGAUCUAGAGCAUUCAAGUUUGGAAGACAUAGAAAUUGCAGGAUGGGGACAUUGA